AUGGUACUCGAUGAACUCCCGUUUAUUUCCCAAAUGUGUUGUUUCCAGUGGUGUGCCAGAAUCAAACGACUUAGGUAUUGGAAUGGCGCGAUAUAUCAUCCGGUUUUGCCUCCUAAUUACGUCGUUCUUCUAGUCUGCCUUUCAACUCGUUCCACCAAGGUUAUCUUUAUGACAAGGUACGCGUGGCUUCGUUUUGAAAUGUUAUCCACUGCUACAGUACCAACUGAAAGUCCUUCAGGUGGAGAAGAUGUUUCAUUUGAUAACUUGUAUCCCGCCCUGAUAGAAUGUUUUGCUGUUAUUCUUUGCGGGUAUGUGGCUGGUCGAUUGAAUAUUAUCUCAGCUACAGAAGCCAAAGGCUUGAACACAUUUGUGGGCACGUUUGCUCUACCAUCACUCAUUUUCAUGUCGAUGGCCACACUAAAUCUGAGUUCAGUUAACUGGCAGUUCUUACUUGCAGUUUUGUUAGCCAAAGCCUCAAUUUUCAUAACAGUCCUUGUAAUAACGUUACUUGUAACAAGACCUGUUGACAUGUCAAAAUCUGGGCUGUUUGCUAUUUUCUGCACCCAGUCUAAUGAUUUUGCAUUAGGAUUCCCAAUUGUAGCAGCCCUUUACAGCAAAUCACACCCUGCAUACCCUAGUUAUCUUUACCUCAUGGCUCCAAUAUCAUUGGUCAUCUUAAACCCUAUAGCAUUCCUCUUCAUGGAAUUGGGGAAGCGCAGAACUGACGCAUCAACAUCGAUAGAUAAUCCCCUAAUUCCCAAUAGAAGCGAACUUCCAAAAACAGAGUCGACAAGUUAUUUAAUUUUAAACAUUUUAGUCAAAGUCCUUUUCAAUCCCGUUGUUUUCAUGACGACUCUUGGCAUGGUUGGGAACCUGGUUUUCCACCAGCAAUUACCAAUAAUUCUAGAAGGAAUUUUGAAGGUGUUCGGUAGUGCUUUUUCUGCUGCGGCUCUCUUCCUUCUUGGAUUACGAAUGGUUGGCCAAAUGCAUCAGUUGCAGGGUGCCAAUCUCGUUAUACCUUGCAUCUUAAUUUGCGUUAAAUGUUUGGUUCUACCGAUAGUCACCAGAGAAUUUGUAACCGUCCUUAACGCGGGAGCUGAUGCAAACGAAACGGUAGACCUUUCUAAUUUUGGCUUCCUCUACGGUACUUUUCCCACGGCUCCCGGAGUAUUUGUCUACGCAACACAUUUUGGCGUGAAUGUUGAUCUAGUUGCCAGUGCAGUAACUGCCGGAACUUUCCUGUCCGCACCCCUUAUGUUCAUUUCUGCCAAGAUGUUGACUCUAACAAAUUUAAACCCAUCCAACUACAUCGAAGAAUUAGAUGCUUUCCUCUUCGAUAUCAGUAUCAUCAGCGCCAUCGCUACGGCUUGGGUAAUAGGUAUUUUCACAGUUGGCAGAAAAUGGAAAAAGAUUCCUCAUUUCUUCACCCUCUGUUUAGUUAUUUCUCAAUUCCUGGGAUGCUUUGGCGUGAUUUUAUGGUCUUCCCUCGGUUGUUGCGACAAAACAUGGCAAUUGUACCUACAAUUUGUCUUUAUCGCUUUGGGAGUUUUCGGUUCGCGUUUGUGGACUGCUCUUUUGGCGCUUUCACUCUAUUUCCUCCGCACUCGCAGCUUGUGCUUUGUCCUUAAACUAAGGCCGUGGUUUGUUGUAAUUGGCUGGGGUAUCCCCGCUGUUAUAGCUGCCGUGCUACUCUCAACUGUCGAUUCGGAAACUGAUCACGCACAGAAAUCCGAUCCAAAUUUCCAGUAUGGUCAAACACAAGCCAUUGUAGCCGUGGUGGUUCUUAUUUCAUCGUUCCUAGUUACUGUGACCUGCCUUAUCAUGCAGCAGCGAUACGGGAAGAAAUACAACGAGUACCAAUCAGUGCGUGGAGACGACGAAUCAGACCACGCCAAUGAUCCAGGACAAACACGACCAAACCCUUCCGUCUUAGAUAUAGAGGAUUUUGGAAAUAUUUUGACGAGAAAUGGCCGUACAAGACAACGAGAGGAGACGGCGGCUCUCUUGGAUGAAACAAGCGCAGAAGAGGAUUUACCCAACAACGAGUCUUCUACUGAUUUGUAUUCAGCCAAUGACACGGAUGGGGCUGCGACGGAGUUCUGUUCCUCACCGAACUGUGACGUCACGCAACAACAACAGUGUGUACAAAUAGUAAAGCAAUACAACUCAACACACACAGAGCCAGAGGAGGCUUUUAUUCUUAACGAUCCAAAUGAAGAAUAUCAAAUACUUCGGCAUAUUGUACUUUUGCUUAUCCUUUCCUGCUCGAUGUUUGUGGGUAUUGCGCUUUGCAUGUGGACCAUCAUUGUGGAGGGAGUUAGUGGAAUUUAUCUCGAGUUGCUCUUCUUCGAUGGAGUUCUCAAUUAUGGACAAGGCUUUUUGGUCUGCAUGAUCUUUGGUUUCGACAAUAAGUUGAUCGUUUCACCAUUGAUGAAGAAGUGGCGUCAAUUCUGGGAUGGAGCGAAAUCUUUGGGACUACCUCAUUCCGAUACCCUUAGCCUUGAAACAAAAUUGAUUUGCGAGCAGUUCCGCACGUAUCACAUGAGCAAAUGCAUUGCAGAUCUCGUUAGAGACAAACGGAGACGGCUCAAAACAUAUCGAAGGGUCUUCCUCGGAACAGAGCUGGUCAAUUGGUUAAUUUUGGUAGGUCUUGCACAUGACAGGUUAGAGGCAUUGCGCUAUGGACGUCAUUUGGUUGACGGCCGACUCAUAAGACAUAUUAAGAGUGAGUAUCACUUUCACGAUCAACCGUAUUUUUAUACUUUCCAAACUGCUAACACCAAUGGGAAUGUGUCGAGUUAACUGUAAAUUUAUGGGAGAUUGAAUCUUAUCGUAACGAGCGAAGGAAACGUUCAACACAAAAAUUUCAUUGUUAUGGAAUCACACGGAAGUGAAGAAAAAUCGCAAUUGGACGUUUAGUGAUAUGCUUAUUAUAUACCAAUUUAAAUAUGGAAAAUCAAACAAUAAAUUUUUGUUAACACGUA